AUAGUGCAGUGAUUUGAAGUUACUCAGUGGUCCAGUAGACGCAAGAAGAUAUGGAGGAAGAGUGCGAGGAAUCUAUCUUCCCGACGGGCGUGGUGCGCCACCGCCCGGAACCGCCCGGUACACUCGCGCAGUCCACCCGGUUCACCGCGCACGAAAUCAAACUGAUGUACCGUGGGUUCAAACAGGAGUGUCCUUCAGGCGUGGUCGAUGAAGAGGCUUUCAAGAAUAUAUUCUGUCAAUUCUUCCCAUUGGGGGAUGCAACUCAAUACGCGCAUUACGUCUUCAAGACAAUAAAACACAAGCAAAGUGGAAAAGUCAACUUUGAGGAGUUCCUCGACAUCCUUUCUCGCGUGGCUCGCGGCUCCGUCCAGGAGAAGUUAUCCUGGGUGUUCACCCUGUAUGACGUAGAUGGAGACGGCAGAAUUUCCCGCUCUGAGAUGCUCGCUGUGGUGCAAGCUAUAUACGAGCUGCUGGGACGAGCUGCUGCACCGCCUGUCCAUAGCACGGCUGCUAAGGACCACGUUGAUCGGAUCUUCCAUCUAAUGGACACCAACUGUGACGGCGUGGUGACUCCGGACGAGCUGGCGCACUGGUGCAGCCGCGACCCCGCACUGCUGAGCUCGCUACAUACGAUGGACACCGUCUUGUGAUCCGGGGGACGCAGCGCCGAGCAUCGGUCAGACUCGGCGCGCGCAUCCUGUUCAACGGCCGCUGACAACUGUUCGCCAUCUCCCUCCGGCCUUCCGACCUCCUUCGCACCUCCCCAGCAGAUAGACAGAGACAGAACUAGCAUCGAAAGCUACGCCCCACAGCUACACCAAAAACGAGAUACCGUAGAAAGUCUAGCUUCGGUCGAAACUCAUACGGAAAGAGACAGAAGUAUAAUAGAAACGGAAAGUGAGAGUGGGAUAGAGAGUGGUGCCGCUAGCUCGUCCACUAGUGGAGUUAAGAGUGCGGUUAGUAGUGGGAUUGGGAGUGAGAAGGUAGGAGAAAAGAGAGAAGAGAAGAAGAAGCAACCACCGCCUGUUCCCGCGAGAGUUACGGCUUGUAUUACUGAAGAAACUGUAACUCGCAAAGUGAAGCGUCGGCCGCGCAGGUCGAGCUCGCCACAACUGCCACGGUGAACCAAACCUUAUAACAUCUACGCAAGGAUCAUUUCCCCUUGAAAGCUGUGCUUAUGAUUCUACGCAUUCCAAUAUGUACCUUAUGCUCCUAGCGUUAAGUCUUAAUUAUAUAAUUAGAUCUUAGAAAUUCGAUUUAAUGUGGGAUACUUUGAUCAAUGUAAAUUCUCAGUAGUAGCACGGAGUUUGGACUUGUACCCGAUAU